CCAGGUGAUCCAACCUCGCAACCGCACGCACCAGCUCAAACACACACACCCCAUUGGCAAAGUCCCAUUGUUGCUGCAGCUCCAUUCCGGUCGAACGGUGGGAUCUAUUGCUCCAGUGAGAAAGGUUCGCUGCUCCCUAGUACCGCUCCGAAAACAAUGCAUUUCCCAACCGUGCUGUUGUAGUGUGUGUUUCCCGUGUGUCCGUCUCCGUCGCGAACCGCGAUGUACUGAGCUGCAACAUCAUCAUCAUCAUCAUCACCACCGCUACCCCCAGCAACGUCUCACAUCCCACCGACGAGCAACGGAUUGGCAGCCCAGCCCCAGCCGCGCCACGCCACGGUAUCGCCAACAGAAAGUGGCCACUUGUGACGGGGCCAUCAGCAGCCUUUCCUGUUCCACUACCUGCAGCUCCCUGUUUUUCGUUUCGGUACAGUGCAGGAAGAGUAAUCCUUUUUUUUCUACUAAACCUGCUUAAAAAUUCGUGCAAAAAAGUGUUUAAUGCUGUGUGCAUGUGCAUUGGCUGUGUAAAUCGGGCCCGUGUUCAGUGCAGUGUUGUUGUGUGCGUUGCCGGAAAAAGAAAGCAGCAAAUAAAAAUGCUCGCCUAAGUUUGCACUGAGCACUGCGUGUGUGUUUGUGUGUGUGCCUGUGUAUGUGUGCUGUGUAUGUGUGUGUAUCCCGUUCUGUUUUUCCGUUCGGCAGCGGCCCACCUGUGCGUUUCGGUGUCUAGAAUCCGCGGCCGGAAAUAAUAGGCCGGAGAGAAAUUGUUGCAAGAGAAAACGCACAGUGGCUGUGUGAGUGUGUGUGUAUGUGUGCCUGUGUGCGGUGGUGUGUUCGAUCAAGUGUUUCGCGUGUGUACCGUUACCGUUUUAAUGUGUCUGCUGUAGCAGUAAAAGCGGGAGGCAGUGGUAGCAAUAGUAACAGCAACAGCACCAGCAGCAGCAUCAACUCCCCAACAUACGUGUAGGGCGUUUGCGACGGCAAUUGACGUUGUCGUCGUCGGUAUUGCAUUAUUAAUUACACACACAAACACACUCAAUUGCCCUACACAAAAAAGAAACAGAAGCCUGCCUGGUGUUGCUAACACGAAGAAGCAGCUCCCCGGCCCGCUCUUCCAGCGGCUAGAACACAUUCUUGCGUAAGGCGCGAUUUCCACCUCGGGGCGCCACCUUCACUGGUACACACACUGGUAGGAGGCACACAGAAACGGAAGGUGGCAUGGAAGUGAGCACCCAUACAACUUCGACACUGAGUCGAAGCAACAGUCGGACCAGCUCCAACUCGGAGCUCGAGAAGGAACUGAUCGAUCUCGACAUCAGCGGCGGCGCGAACAACAAAUCCAACACACUCAAGAAGCGCAUCUCGAGCAGUCGAACGCCGGCGAAGAAAGCGAAAAGAAUACGAUUUUUUCGUAAUGGGGACAAAUUCUAUCCCGGCAGCACGAUACCGGUGUCGGUGGAGCGUUACAGAUCGUUCGACAGUUUGACGGAAGAUUUGACGCGCCUGCUCGAGGACAGCGUCACGCUGACCGGUGCGAUACGCGCCAUCUACACGCUCGAGGGCAAAAAGAUCGAAAAGGUGGACGAUCUGGAGGAUGGCAAAUGUUACGUGUGUUCCUGCAACAAUGAAGGCUUCAAGCGAAUAGACUAUAACGUAUCGAACACAAACACCAAGAAUCCCAACAGACUGUUUAGACUAAUACGCCCCUUAUCGCCAGUAAAGAACGGUGGCUCCAAUGGGUCAACGCCGCUGAAAGAGAUCGAUUCCGUGGUGCAUCCACGGAUCGUGACACUCAUCCGCAACGGUGUGAAACCGCGAAAGAUCCUGCGAUUACUGCUAAACAAACGGAACAGCCCCACGUACGAGCACGUGCUGACCGCGAUCACGCAAUGCGUCAAGCUAGAUACCGGCUGCGUGCGGAAGGUGUUUACCGUGGCCGGGGUGCCGGUGCAGCGGUUAGCACAGUUCUUCGAGGAAGAUGACGUCUUCUUCGCGUACGGUAACGAGCGGGUCGGCAACAACGAUUUCGAGCUGGAGGCCGAGGAAAGCAAAGCGAUCGCCGCGCACCGGAAAACGCUACGCAGCAGUACGACGCGCACGGGACCAAAGCCCAAGAUGCCGGUCAAGAGCCACAACGAUACGUUCGUUUGCGUGGACGAGUCGGCACUGAACGGUGGCAUUCUGCCCGACUCGUUGCCGCUGGAGCUGCAGGCCAAAUAUACGCUCGGGUCCAUAGUUGGUGAUGGAAAUUUCGCCGUAGUACUGAAAUUGAAGGAUAAGCAGAACCACACAGAAUACGCACUGAAAAUUAUCGACAAAUCAAAAUGCGCCGGCAAGGACCAUUAUCUAGCGGCCGAAAUCCGUGUGAUGAAGAAGCUAAACCAUCCGUACAUCAUACAGCUGGUGCACGAUAUCGAAACGAUGAAGAACAUGUAUCUCGUGCUGGAGCUGGUGCGCGGCGGCGAUCUGUUCGACGCCAUCACGCGUGUGACCCGCUUCUCGGAGAACCAAUCGAAGAUCAUGAUGAAACAUCUGGCCUCCGCGAUGGCGUACAUGCAUUCCCUCAGCAUUGUCCAUCGGGACAUUAAGCCGGAAAAUUUGCUGGUGGAGCUGGAUAGUGAUGGUAAUGUCGUGCUGCUGAAGCUCGGUGACUUUGGGCUCGCCUGCGAGGUAACCGAACCAUUGCUCUCGAUCUGCGGCACACCGACGUACGUUGCGCCCGAGAUUCUGAUGGAAUCCGGCUACGGCGUAAAGAUUGAUGUUUGGGCCGCUGGCAUUAUCCUCUACAUUCUGCUGUGCGGCUUCCCACCAUUCGUUUCGCCCGACAAUCAGCAGGAGCAGCUGUUCGAUGCGAUACUGAACGGGUACUUUGACUUCCCCGCUCCGUACUGGAACAACAUCGGCGACAGUGUGCGCGAUCUGAUCAUCAACAUGCUGCAGUCCGAUCCGGAGCUGCGGUUCUCCAGCGAGGACAUACUGGACCAUCCGUGGCUGACCAGCAACAUCGUGGACGAUACGCGCGAUCCCAAUGGUAUCGUUGUGGAAGAACAGUGUGGCGGCGGUCAGCUGGAGUCCUUGGUGGGCAUUCCCAUCACUACCCAGUAGAAGGGAGCGGAGAUUUAUACGCGUAACGCGAUCUAUGUGUUACAACCCCUUACAACCAGCGCGGAGAGUGACCGAUAUUUGACUUACAUUGGCGAGUUUUAUCGGCAGUGUGGUGGUGGUGGUGGUGAUGUGUUAGCAGUAGCAGCUUAUCUUGUGGAUGGAUAUAAAGUCAAUCUCGUGUUGUGUCGUACUCUCCCGGACCUCAUCCAAAAUAUCUCACCGUACUGCUGGUGUGGGUAAAUUUUAAGCAAAAGUCGACGCCAAUCGAAAGCAAGGUUUGUGUCAAAUUUGUCGAAUGCUUUGUAUACCAUGCUUUGACAACAGCACCGCGCAUUAGGGCAGCCGUUUAGUUUUGCCAGUGAGCAGCUUAAUUGUUUGUCAGCAUGCUGAAAUAUUGACACCCAAAACAUUCGUUCGUUUGGUUUUAGUUAAAUCUGCACCAUCACACAGCUUAGCGUAGUUAGCCAGGGGAAGUGAAUAAGUUUUCUCCCAUCAUUGGCACGACGUAUGCGUAAUUUUACCGGUAGGAUAAAACCAAGUCAUCAUAAGGUGGACAAUUGUUAUUUAGCAAGCUUAAUUUGUAUAGAAAAAACACACAUUACGUAGAAUUAUGAGACUAUUAUUACCAAUUACGAUUGUACACAAUCACACACACACACGACGGCAUGUUAGCAAUGCAUAUUUAUUUAUCUUUCUUAGCAUAAUCUUAGUUGUGCAAAUGGUGUAAUGAAAUUAUGACGAUAAAAAAAAAACCUGGGGGCACGAAACUGCACGAACACAAACAUUGCAAAGCAAAACAAAAUGUUACUCAUCUUCAGUCAUCGUCACAAAUUGUGGUAAUAUGUGUGUUUGAGCGAUGGAGUUUGAUAUUUUAGUUAAUGGCUAGUUUUUGGUAUCAUUUAAAAUAGGCACGUUUGCGGUUUUUUUUCUUCAUUUCGUUGUUAAAUGCCUGACUGGAAUGACUCGGUUAUUGCUUGUCCCCUUUCCUUGUAAUAAAAAAGAAGGAGAAUCAUUGAAAAUUCGGCAUUAUGUUAUGAUCGGUAGAUAAAUCAAAUCUCCCCUUUCUUCUGUUACAAAAAUGACGCACAAUCAAAUUUAAUUUUCCCACAUUUUAAUGAAUGCUUCACACAUUUUCUUUUCGUAGCAUUUAACGCUCAUCUCUUUGUGUAGUGGUAAAGAUCUCAAAAUGUAUUUUUUUCUUUUUUGCAUUACCAUUUUCUUGUAAUUCUGUUUACCGCUGCGACCCUGCUCGAUUGUAGCUGCGCAAUUUUACGUUUUUAAUAUAACAACAAACCCCGUACGUUAAACAACUAAUAAUCAUUCCACUUCUUUCAACCAUUGCAGCAUUUCCGUAAUGAGUUCUUAACGAUAGUCUGUAAACUUGUAAACCUCAUAGUACUCACUACAAACACAUACACACAGAAACGCCCUUUUUACACAGUAAGAAAAUUGCAUAAAAAGGCAAUGAAACAGGAGCCGUUUAGGGUGCAGUUUAGGGAGUAGUGCAUCGGAUAAUGAAACAAUAUUGUUUGAUAAUCAUAUCAUCUAAACGUUCUUAUAAAAAAAGCAAGCCACUGUCUCUCAGUAAAGGAAAGUUUCUGUUUUAGUGCUGUAACAAAGCAACAAUUUACAAUCAUUCUGGAACGAUGGUUUUGCACUGAUUCAUUGUAGUGUUAUUUUCAACCUAAAAUAACAACAAAAAAGGCCUAGACAACCUGCAUCAGCAUACACUGGAGUGGAGUGAAAUGUAAAGAAAACGGAUCGUUUUGCAAGUGUGUAAAACAGGAAUCGUACUGCGUUUAAAAGGACACAAGCGGACAUAAAUACAAUGAGUGUGCUUUGGGAUGAAACAGUUAAACGUAACGUGCCUCAAGAAAAUGAUAUCAUCCAUUACAGGCGACCAACAGCCAAGUGUUGGGACGACGACGGUGGUGGGGGCCAUCGCGUCUCCACCAAAGGCGUCAUCACAUCAGGCGUCAUCAAUAGGGUAUGGUUUUAUACACACAUAAAUAGAAUAUACAGUUUGUAGAUGGCUUAUUGGCUUUUUAGAAUCGUUUACGGAGUGGAACCGAAAAACAGUAAA